UGGGCCCUAAAACAUUUUUCAAUUUUAAGGCCCAAGACGUCCUUUCCACGGCCACUUUCAUUCCGGCCUGCCGCCGCUGCCUCAUCCUUCACUCCUUUUCACCACACUACCCGCCACCGUCCAUCAGCCCUUCUACUCUCUUCCCUCCACCAUCACCGUUCCCCAUCGCCACCACUCUCGUCUCCAACACACACACCACUCUGUAUAGGGAGAUUGGAGUUGUGUUUUCAGAAGAAAAUUACAAUAACAAACCAUGUAGCAGUAUAAAUAUGGGCGAUCAGUUUGGACUAACGAUAGCGUAAUCAUCGAAUUAAGUUUGCUAGAUGUAGAAGGUACAGCAAAUGGCCAACUCAUUGCUCCGCAGUCUCCGUAGACUCUCUGUGUCUUCUCUUCUCAGCCCUCCUCUUUCUUUCAGGCCAAUUCUCCAAAUCCCAGUACCCACGGUUGCGCUUUCAAGGUCUUUAUUACAUUUUCCCCAGAACCCACAAAAUCCUUGGUGUGUGAUGUUUUUAUUACAGAAGAGAAGCUUGAGUCACGGGUCCGUGAGUUUGGUAAUAUCACCUCAAGGAAAACCCAAGUUUGAGACUCAUGAAACAGAACCUCCAAAGAAGGAGAAAUGGAAAACAAAGAAAAGGCUGAAGCUACAGAGGAAGAGAGAGAAACAGAAGAGAAAAGAUGCUAAUAAGCGAGACCCAAGAAGGCUUGGAAUCAAAGGCAAGAAGAAGAGGCAGAGGUUUGCUAAUGCAGAGGAAAGGAUCAAGUACAAGCUGGAUAGAGCAAAAACUAAGGAAACCUUACUAAUUGAAAGGCUGAAGAGGUAUGAAGUUCCCCAGGCUCAGGGUCCUGUGGUAGAGCCCUACAAGUUAUCCGGUGAAGAACGAUUUUAUAUGAAGAAAAUGGCCCAGAAACGGUCUAAUUAUGUACCUGUUGGCAGAAGAGGAAUCUUCGGAGGUGUUAUUCUCAAUAUGCAUCUGCAUUGGAAGAAACACGAAACUGUCAAGGUCAUCUGCAAGCCUUGCAAACCUGGUCAAGUACAUGAAUAUGCAAAUGAGAUUGCUAGGCUGAGCGGUGGAAUCCCAAUCCAUAUAAUUGGAGAUGACACCAUAAUCUUCUAUCGAGGAAAGAACUAUGUGCAGCCAGAGGUUAUGUCACCAGUUGAUACAUUGUCUAAGAAACGGGUAAGUUUCUCCUGCAUGCUCAAGCUUCUUGUAUUGGAAAUGAUGCGCUUCAUUGCAAUUGCAGAAAAGGAACUUGAACUAUAUUACAGACAUGUUGCUCUUUAUGGUGAUCCAAACAAUAGGGAUCCGAAAUCAAUCCUCGAUCAUCCAAAGGUCAAACAUGAGUCAAAGAAGGUUGAACUUGUUAACAAGACUACUUCUUCAAGGACAGGAAAGGGUUCUGAAGUUCUUUCAGAGAUGGAAGCUGAUUUUACCGAGCAAGAGCUAUCUGAUAUCGAGGAUGACGACAUUAAUGAAGACAUUGUUUCUUCUGAUGAAAGCAUGGGAGAUAACUCCUUUAAUGAGCAAGAAGAUUUUGUCAGUUGUUCCGUGUCACCAACAAUAUACGAAUGUAAAGAAAAUGCUGGCUGUAUAGAAACUCGAGAAACUUUAAUAUGAUCUGUAUCUACCUUCUAGAAGCUAUUUAUUCUGCCACAGAAUGUCUCUACAAAUACAAUUUCUCGUAUCACUUU